AUGGAAAAUAAAAACAAUGUAACUGAAUUUAUUCUACUAGGCCUUACACAAAGUCCAGAGCUUCGAAAAAUAUUCUUUGUCAUGUUUUUAAUCAUAUAUAUCAUCACAAUGAUAGGAAACAUGUUCAUUGUCAUAACCUUGACUGCCAGUCAAACUUUGAGAUCACCCAUGUACUUUUUUUUAACAUUCCUAUCCAUCAUGGAUGCUACCUACUCUUCAUCUAUUUCCCCUAAGAUGGUUAUGGAUUUACUCCAUACGAAGACAAUCAUCUCCCUGGAAGGCUGUCUGACACAGCUCUUUGCAGAGCAUUUUUUUGGUGGUGUAGGAAUCAUCCUCCUCGUGGUCAUGGCUUAUGAUCGAUAUGUGGCCAUCUGUAAACCCCUCUACUACAUGACAAUCAUGAAUCCUCGGGUGUGCUACCUGCUGGUGGCAGCAGCCUGGACAGGAGGAUCUAUACAUGCCACCAUACAAUUACUCUUCAUGUUCCAUCUUCCCUUCUGUGGCCCUAAUGUUAUUGAUCACUUCACAUGUGACUUGUUCCCAUUGCUGCAACUGGCCUGCAUGGACACCCAAGUUCUUGGCAUUUUAGUCAUUGCUAACAGUGGAGUAAUGUGCUUGUCAAUCUUUCUCAUAUUAAUUGUCUCCUAUGUUAUUAUCCUCUCUUCUCUGAAGGGUGGUAGUUCAGAAGGAAGGCGGAAGGCCCUUUCUACCUGCAGUUCUCACUUCACAGUGGUGGUCUUGUUUUUUGUUCCCUGUAUAUUCUUAUAUGUGAGGCCAGUUGUCACUUUUCCUAUAGAUAAAGCUAUGUCUGUAUGUUCUAUUAUGAUUACUCCCAUGUUAAACCCCUUCAUAUACACCCUUAGGAACAUGGAGGUUAAACUAGCCAUGAGGAAACUCUGGAUCACCAAACUGGCUUUGCUUUUUCAAUAG